AAUAUAAGUCCGGGAUGUUUCAAAUAUGAUAUUCAAAUCUGCUGUAACACGCGUGGCGAUCUCAAAGUCCGUUCCAAGCAGAAUCGGACGUUACAGAUACGAACAGUUUUCCAAAGUCAUGGGUCCUCUCGAAAGUGCUAAAAAAGCUGCCGCCUAUAAAGCGGUUGACGAAUACGUGAAGGAUAACAGCAUUAUCGGCAUUGGCAGUGGAUCUACAGUUAUCUACGCUGUUCACAGAUUGGCCGAGCGUGUGAGAGAAGAAAAUUUAAGGGUAAUAUGCAUUCCAACUUCGUUCCAGGCCCGUCAGCUCAUAAUAAAUCAUCAUCUGGCAUUGAGCGAUCUUGAAAUUCACCCAAAACUCAGCUGCACCAUUGAUGGAGCUGAUGAAGUGGAUGCUGAAAUGAAUCUUCUAAAAGGUGGAGGUGGAUGCUUGUUACAGGAGAAAAUUGUUGCAUCUUGUUCAGAUGAGCUCAUCAUUGUUGCUGACUAUACCAAAAACUCACAGAGGCUUGGUGAACAAUUCAAAAAGGGAGUAUCGAUUGAAGUAAUUCCACUCGCCUAUGUACCGAUAAAACAAAAAAUACUGGAAAAUCUUGGAGGUAGUAUCGAUCUCAGAAUGGCAAAGGCAAAACUUGGCCCAGUUUUAACUGAUAAUGGGAAUUUUAUUCUCGAUUGGCACUUUCCAAACAACAUUACUGAUUGGAAUAAAAUAAAUACAGAAAUAUUACUGCUACCUGGUGUGGUGGAAACUGGCAUCUUUAUUAAUAUGGCUAAAAAAGCAUAUUUCGGAAUGGCGGAUGGCAGCGUUAAAGAACAGUCUCAAGUUUGAUUUCCCAUAAUAUCUGUGAAAUGAAUCUUAAGUCGUAUGAUUGCGUCAAAGAUGAAUUUCCAUUAUCUCUGUAAUUAUUACGAAACAUUUAUAACUAUAAAAGUAAAUGCAGCAAUGAUUUUAACUCAUUCUUCCAGCAUUUACUGACUUGCCAUUAGCAUAUGUAACUAAUAAAAAUCUUGAUGUGUAUGAAAAUUUCUUAUAUUUAUAAAGAAUUAUUUUGCACAAGAAUUAAA